CUUCGAAGUUUAAAAACAAUGGAGAAGACCCAGCAAACAAUCCAAAGAAUUCUUCUAGAACCCUACAAGUACCUACUUCAGUUACCAGGUAAACAAGUGAGAACCAAACUUUCACAUGCAUUUAAUCAUUGGUUGAAAGUUCCAGAAGACAAGCUACAGAUUAUCAUUGAAGUGACAGAAAUGUUGCAUAAUGCCAGUUUACUCAUUGAUGAUAUUGAAGACAACUCAAAACUGCGACGUGGCUUUCCAGUGGCACACAGCAUCUAUGGAAUUCCGUCUGUCAUCAGUUCUGCCAAUUAUGUGUAUUUCCUUGGUUUAGAGAAAGUCUUAACCCUUAAUCACCCAGAUGCAGUGAAGCUUUUUACAUGUCAGCUUUUAGAACUCCACCAGGGACAGGGCCUUGAUAUUUACUGGAGAGAUAGUUACACUUGUCCCACUGAAGAAGAAUAUAAAGCUAUGGUCCUGCAAAAGACAGGUGGACUGUUUGGAUUAGCAGUAGGUCUCAUGCAGUUGUUCUCUGAUUACAAAGAAGAUUUAAAGCCACUACUUAAUACACUUGGGCUCUUUUUUCAAAUUAGGGAUGAUUACGCUAAUCUGCACUCCAAAGAAUAUAAUGAAAACAAAAGCUUUUGUGAAGAUCUAACAGAGGGAAGGUUCUCAUUCCCUGUUAUUCAUGCUAUUUGGUCGAGGCCUGAAAGCACCCAAGUGCAGAAUAUCUUGCGCCAGAGAACCGAAAACAUAGAUAUUAAAAAAUACUGCGUGUAUUAUCUUAAGAAUGUAGGUUCUUUUGAAUAUACUCGAAAUAGUCUUAAAGAGCUUGAAUCUAAAGCCUAUGAACAAAUUGAUGCAUGUGGUGGGAACCCUGAGCUAGUAGCUCUGAUAAAGCACUUGAGUAAGAUGUUCAAGGAAGAAAAUGAGUAAUAUUGAUUGGGCCUUAUAGCUUAUUUUAUUUCGGUUUGUUUUUUUUGUUUGUGUUUGGGUUUUUUUUGUUUUUGUUUUUGUUGUUUUGGGAGGUCCUGUCUUUUAGCCUAUUACCUUUUAAAAUAAUUGGACAAAGUUGUUGGUCUCCAAAAACUGAGUUCAUAGAGGUGAUGUGAAUGGAAGUUGUUUCAAUUUAGAACCCCUCUGUACAAAUAAUCACUGUAAUACAAAGUUGAAGGAAUUGAAAAGAGCCACAUUUGAUUAGGUCUAAUUUGAAUGUCAGAAUGUGCUGUGGUGGGACAUUAUGAACAACUCUGUCCUAAUACCAUGAAUGUUGCAUUGGUUCUGUCAAUAAAGUAGACUUCAGCUUC